AUGGAUCCUCAAAACCGCACCAUUGGAGAGUUUGACUCACUAGACAUCUUUUUCACAAACCGCCAACCUAUAUGCCCUCCACGACCUACUGGAGAGUUCAAGAUAAGCUCUAAACUCAUUGCUUUGGUGGAGCAGCAUCAGUUUCGUGGCCUAGAGGAAGAGCAGCCCAUUGAUCAUAUUGAGAAGUUUGAAGAAAUCUGCGCUACAAGGAGAUGUAGUGGAGUUUCUGAGGAUUACUUGAAGUGUACUUUAUUCUCUUUCUCUUUGGUUGAGAAGGCAUACAAAUGGAUGAGGGCUCUUCCAGCAGGAUCAAUCACUACUUGGGAUGAUACAAGAGAGCUUUCUUGA